ACAAACCAGUACAAAUAUUAAUUACCUGUCACAUGUAAAAGCCUAUGAAAAAUAAAGUAUAAGUGUUCCUAAAUAUUCUGGAUAGGGUAUCAGCCAAAGAUGGCUACUCCGAGAUGUGAGAGCAGUGGAGGUUGCUGUGAGUCCUGGCAUGGCUAAAGGACAGAAAGGCAGAACUGGCUGAGAGGAAGGGAACAGAAGGCUUAAGGUGGAAAAUCAUGAGCCACAUGAUACUAUCAAGGAAAGCUUAACAACUUUCAAUAUCAUAACCAGAAAAAUUAGCCAACUUCACUUAACGCUGCCUCUGUGGACUAAUAGCAAACAGUCUUUCGAUGUGUCUUAAAUGUGACAUAGGCCUAUAUAGCUGCGGGCUGACCAAUGGUGGUGAUCCCGUUUUUUACAGCAUAUGUAUCUUACCCAAGUUUUGUCAGUUUAUCUGUGAGUACAGGUGAUUUGAAUUGUGAGACCUGUACUGUAACACGGGGUGGAUUGGUUGGUCUUGUUUUUGGUGGUCUGUAUCCUGUUUUCUUGGCUGUUCUUAUGAAUGGUGGCCUAGCAGCUAGAUAUGUGUCAGCCAUGCUACCAAAGAAAGGAAACACCUUAACCUACUGGGUUAGAAUUUCCAACCCUGUCUUUAAAAAGAUGUUAUUUCCCAUUCUGCUCCAGACUGUUUGCAGCAUACCUUGGAUCUAGACAAUAAAACCACUCAUAAAAUUCCUUCAGUCAUGUGAACCUGGCCUAAAAAUUCAAUAAUUUUAAGCAGAGAUGUACACAAGAAUAAAAUGGUAAAAAUAAAAAAUAAUUUAAAAUAUUCUAGAUACAAUUCUGUUCCCUAAAUAUUCUACAUAGGAAUAUAAAGCACAAAUACUAUAUAUGAGUAAUUAGGGUAACAUAGGUAAAAUGUCUGGUAAGUGAUAGCUAUAAAG